UCUGCAGGGACACCGGCCCUCCAGGACCGAGUUUGCCCAGCUGUUUGAACUCUCAAUCUGGCGGCACCCAUUCACUGCAGAGGAUCCAUUGGAGGGCAAGUGAUAUAAUGCUAAAUUUCUACAAAUCUGUUGUGUUGAAGAGACAAGCUCAUCUACAAUCUGGACAGCUUGCAAGUGCUGAAGAAUAUGGCCUGAUAUGGAUCACCUCAGAUUUAAUAUCUGUGGCGAUUGUCAUCGGCAUCUUCAUUUUUCAGAAGUGGAAGAUGAGUGGUAUGCGCAGCUACAACCCUGAGCAGAUCAUGCUAAGCGCUGUAGUACGUCGGCCGAGUCGUGACGUCAACCUCAUGAAGGAGAAACUGAUCUUCUCAGGUGGGGACCAGCAUGGUGGAUUUGUGCCUUGGGGACGAGACAGUGACAUCCCAGACCUUCGCCUUUGUUACGGGCCGUGCCACUGAAGCGGACUCGUUGCCUGGGAAUUUCUCCAGCUUGCGGUAUAUUAUAUUGAUGGACAUAAGUCUUCAUGUGUGAAUUUAAGGCCAACAGUUUUUACUGCCCACUUGUAACACGUUUUAAGUGGUCAUUUGUAUUGUCUGGUGGACACUUUGUUUGGCUUAGUUUUAAAAGCACAAUGUUUGGAAUGAUUCUCAUGUGGUGAGUGUUCUGCUGCUGCAGUGUUGACAAAGAAUCUGAAUCUACAGUGCCUAGUUUACACAGUUUUGUGUUUUAAAUUAACUGAUCUACUAAAGUUGUUUUAUGUGUCUUUAAUGGUUGGAUAAAAUGUGUGACCGCUGCACCCAUUUGAAAAUUGUUUUAAAAAGAAAUAAAACUCA